AUGACUGGUCCCAGUGGUUCAUUUAGAUCACAUAAGGCUGCAGUUAGUGAGAUGGAUCCACGCUCACAAUAUUGUUCCUGGUUAAUUACGCUUUCUGAAAUAUACAACGUGUCAUUGAGCUUUAAAGAUCUGACCAUACCAAGUUGUAAUGAUACAUUUCUAAGAAUAUAUGAUGGUUCAAAUGAUGCUGCUCCAUUGCUUGGCACAUAUUGCGGUUCAAACGCAAGUACAGAAGUCGUGAUUUUAUCAUCCACAAAUAAUUUAUACAUCGUGUCAAAUUCUGGAAAUUAUGCAAGAAGUCCUAAAAAUACUUUUAUUUUUCAUGCACAAUAUAAUGCUGAAAAUUUGACAG